AUGGCUACACCCACACCAACGGACACGAAGAUCGUCUACAUCGGUAUCCUCCGAAAUGCACAACCCGAUCCGAUAGAGCUAUGUUGCGAGCGGGAGCUGAGCAGCUACUCCCGUUUCACCCGCGGGAGCAUCUCAGAAUUCACAACCAUGUUUAGCAAGAUCCUGACUGGGCACACUACGCCAAACAGUCGAAAGGAGGUUCAAGAAAAGGAAUUUGUCUUCCACGUUUACGCCCACGAAAAUGGUGUCACCGGUGUCGCUAUCACCAACGAGGCAUACCCCUCCAGAAUUGCUAAUGGGCUCAUCGGCAAAAUCGUCCAGGAAUUCUGCACCGAGAACCCCGGAGCAAAAACUGCGACCGAACCCGUCCCUUUCCCGGCGCUCAAAGAUUACAUCACUAAAUACCAGAAACCCGAGAAUGUGGACAACAUUACCAUGAUCAACAACCAACUGGAGGAGACAAAGGUUGUUUUACACAAAACUAUAGAAAGUGUCCUGGAACGUGGUGAGAAACUCGACGACCUAGUCCAGAAGAGCGAGGGUCUCAGCUCCCAAAGCAAAAUGUUCUACACGAGCGCGAAGAAGCAGAACUCCUGCUGCAUUAUCAUGUGA